AUGGGAAUGAAUCCUUCCGUUGAACAGUCAAUGAAAGGAAGAAGUGUGAUGCGGGGAUUGACGGCAUGUCACAAUAAAAGGACGAAGAAGAAGAAGAAGAAGGAGAAGGAGGUUUGUGGGUUAUGGUCGUUGCCAGAUGAGGUGGUUGUAAACUGCUUGGCUCAGUUGUCGAGAUUGGACCUCGCGGCUUUAGCUAUCGCCUCCAAGAGUCACCGGUCUCUGGUGGUUUCCUCUGAGGUCACGAAAUUGAGAUGGCAGAUGGGUUGCGUCGAGCAAUAUGUCUACGUAUGCUUGCGCAUCUUUCCAGAACCAAGCCCACGCUGGUUCAUCCUCCACCCCAUACAACGUUGGCUGAAACCCAUCCAUAUGGACUUUUAUGAUCAGGCUCCGAAAUCAGGCUCCGCUUUCGUGCCGAUGUCUUAUGGGAUCUAUAUCAUCGGUGGACUCGUAGACGGCAAGCCCACUUCGGAAGUCUCGUAUUUCAAUUGUUUCAAGCACAAAUGGUACCUCAUGCAUCCCAUGAAGAUGGCUCGUGCUUCCCCAUCUGCAAGCCUGAUGUUGACAGACUCAGGCGGCUGCAAGAUAUAUGUGUUUGGAGGGCUCGCGGAUGAUGUAGCUGAUUCCUCAAACUGGGCAGAGGUGUACGACAUCUCCACCAACACUUGGGAUUUCUUGUUUGUGUUCACGCCCAAGAUGCCCCUCAAUAUCCAACAAAGCGUGUUGAUGAAUAUUAGUAAAGAGGAGGAGGAGGUUUACGCAGUGGAUGAGGAUGGUCAAAACUUCUCCUUCUCACCAAGUAAAUGUAUGUUUGUGGCAAGGGGCAACACAGAUUCCAUGCCAGGACACAUUUACAGAAAUGAUUGGUGUGUCAUUGGGAAAUUCUUAUUCUGUCGUAGCACCCGCGGGAGAAUACUGUGGUGUUUGCCCUAUGACUUGCAUUGGAAGGAAGUGAAGGGUUUGGAACAACUCCGACAAUGGUGUUCUUAUAUCACCAAACUCUGCACCAGCCCUGCUGGGAAGAUUGUCAUUUUCUCAAAACCGCAUCCCCACAGUCUCGAGCUUUUCUCCACCGAGAUUUCCAUUUCCCUUGGGAAAGGCAAACGCAAUAGACACGAGAUUUGGGGGAAGAUUGAGUGGUCUGGUGCUGUCUUCAAACUUGAUCCUCUCACAGACUCAUCAUAUAGCUUUAAUGUCUUAUAUGCAAAUUAUGUCCAUAUCUGA